AUGAGAGAACCGCUACUGCCACUAUUUACUUCGUGUUGGGAUUCGGGAGUCAAUAGUAGUUACAUGGAUAUGUUCAUUGAACAAAUUAUUUGGCCACUAUGUACUUCGUGUCGGGAUUCGGGAGUCAAUAGUGGAUACAUGGAUAUGUUCAUUGAACAAAUUAUUUGGCCACUAUUUACUUCGUGUUGGGAUUCGGGAGUCAAUAGUAGUUACAUGGAUAUGUUCAUUGAACAAAUUAUUUGGCCACUAUGUACUUCGUGUCGGGAUUCGGGAGUCAAUAGUGGAUACAUGGAUAUGUUCAUUGAACAAAUUAUUUGGCCACUAUUUACUUCGUGUUGGGAUUCGGGAGUCAAUAGUAGUUACAUGGAUAUGUUCAUUGAACAAAUUAUUUGGCCACUAUGUACUUCGUGUCGGGAUUCGGGAGUCAAUAGUGGAUACAUGGAUAUGUUCAUUGAACGUUUGAUGAUUUUACUCAUACAGAGAUCAUUUUAUGUCUUGCGCUUCGGGUAG